ACUACUGUUAUGCCUUUCACCAGCGUUUUGUAAAAAACCGCUGGUAUAUAAGUACUUUAACCAGCGUUGACUAAAUGAACGCUGGUAAGUGCGAAAUUUUGUGUAUUUUUUAAUUGCGGGAAAAAUUGGUGCUAAUAAAUUUACUUUACCAAUUUCCCUUUUCAUCCAUCUACCCUGUGCCCUAACCUAGCUGUGUGUUCAUCCGUCUCCUCUCUGCUCUAUCUCGUUCUCUCACUGCUCGAUCUCCAUCUCAGCUGCAAGACUCCUGUACUCUGUCUCGAUCUCUCACGGCUCGAUCUCCAUUUCUCAGCUGAAGCCAUUGAUUGAUGUUUGCUAACCCGCUCUAUCUCGAUCUCUCACUGCUUGAUCUCCAUCUCAGCUGCAAGACUCCUCUACUCUGUCUUGAUCUCUCACUACUCGAUCUCCAUUUCUCAGCUGAAGCCCUUGAUUGAUGUUUACAGUAUAACCGUCUUUACUACCCAGAUUUCCACCGUACGGCUGAUGCACCAGUUCACUUGGUGUCCCUACAAAAAUGUUCUUAUGAGCCUCUAUGCAAACUCUUGUUCAUUUUAAUCUCUAGUACAUAUCUCAGUCAUGGCUGAUUAACGUCGACCGAACUUUAUGAACAGUUCUUCCUCUCAGAUCUGACUUACUAUACCAACUAUCAUCACUUCCAUAAGCCGUAGAUCAACACUGGUAGACCACCAGUUUUUUCCAGGUGGGCUCUCUUUCGGCAUUGUCUCAUCUGAGAUUACAAAGUUGAAGCCCUAGGUUUCUCUUUAGGCUGUCUCUCCUCUGUCUUGAUCUCUAACCAGCUACUCGAUCUCCAAGAGCUGUUAAUUUAUGUCAUUUCGAGAUCUGACUCACUAGAUUUUCCUCCCGAAACGUUCUCGCUUAAGCCUCUCUCAGCUGAAGACCUUGAUUGAUCAGGCCGUUUCUCAGCUGCGAGGCUAACCCGUCUCUCUUUGGCUAUUUCAUCUGAGAUUACAAAGUUGAAGCCCUAGGUUUCUCUUCAAGCCGUCUCGCCUUUGCUCGAUCUCCAUAACUCUCAGAAAGGAUAAGUAAUAAUCUCACAAUGAAACGGGUUAGUGAAGUUAAAAAAGUGAGUGAAGAACAUACCGAAGCUUGAACUUCAAAAUCUUUGAAUGAAACUGAUAAUACUAAAUCAUCGCAACCACUGGUGAAGAAGAGACGGGGCCCUACACGAUGCAAGAAUGUCGUAAACGCUACAACCUUAAUACCAUUAAGGGUCAAUAAAUAUGGACUGCCGAUCGGAAAUGGAAGUGGUACAUAUGGUAAUUAUUUGGGAACAAUUGUCCGGAGUAGUAGAUUAGCUCCUUUGUGCUACAGAACUUGGUGGGAGAUGCCUAAACGGCUUAAAGAGGAUAUGUGGACCAUUGUAAAGGGAAAGUAUGAUGUGGGAAUCAUUUCAAAACAAUGGACAUUAUCCUCUAUCUGAACAAAAUAGAGGGGGUACAAGUGUGAACUAAGAAGUGAAUACUACUCGGUUCGGGAUACAGAUGCAAAAAGAUUGGCAAACCUACCACCUGAUGUUGAGAAGGAGCAUUGAGAAUUCUUGGUUAGGUAUUGGGGUACGCCUAUGGCGUAGAAGGUGAGUGAAAAAAACGAAGAAUGUCGUGGGAAACAAACAAUGCUUCAUACUACCGGGACAAAAAGCUUUGCACGUGUUUCUGCUGAGAUUGAGGAAAAAAAAGGUAUUCAGCUUUCUCGUACAGAUUUAUUCAUUCGUACACAUAUAAACAAAGAUGGCAAAGCUACUGAUGCUGCUGCUUCAAAGAUGAUUGAAAGCAUAAAAGAUCUUCAAAAAAGUUACUCUGACUCGUCUAUUGGCAGUUCCGAUGAUUUGUACUCCAUUGUGAGAGGACAAGAGAGAACUGGUUGUGUGCGGAUGCUUGGCUUGGGGCCUACACUAAGCGAUGUUUGGGGGCCCUCUCCUAGUAAAGCUGAACUGAUUAAUAAUGCUAAAAAAUUUGAUGAGGAGGCACGUGCUGCACGUGUAGAGUUGCAGGACACCAUUUCAAAAAUGCAAUCCGACUAUGACGACAAGUUGGAAAAUUUACGAGUCGACUAUGACGACAAAUUGGAAAAUUUGCAAAAACAAGUGGCUAUGGUUUGUGAUUCUUUAAAUCCUCUUAGAGUAUCCCCUCUAGUCAUGCCAAUUCAGUUAAGGUUAUGGACUUUAAUUUCUUAUAUGUUAAAUUUUCAUUUAUUAUAAUGUGCGCUUAAUGAAUUUAUAAAAAAAAUGUAGGGUAAUUCAAAUCAAAUGGGCAAGAGCUGUUGAAGUUUAAGCUGAAGAUGGGGUCGUGGCUGUGCUCUCUGAAUUUCUUUCGCCUUGGAUGGGUUCUUGAAAAACUUCUACUACAUUUGUCAAAAAUUCUUAAUUCUUUUUGGUUGAUAUUUAAUAGCUUUAUCUAGACAAUUUGGAUGGUAUUUUCAUAUUGGCGGGAUAACUUGUGAUUGUAUUAGUAGACAAUUUGGAUGGUAUUUUCCAUAUUGGCAGCAGGUUAACUUGUGGUUGUAAUAUGUAAAACAAUUUGGAUGGUAUUUUUCAUAUUGGCAGCAGGUUAACUUCUUGUUGUAUUAUGUAAAAACAAUUUCGAUGGUAUUUUUAUAUUGUCAACUUGUGUUA